UUUUUUCCACCCCCUGCUCGCGCGCACACGCAUAGAAGGGUGUUCAUUUAUCUCCGCCGUUUAGUCCACGCCAUGCUCACAACUGAGUCCCAUUUCCACACCGCCCCCCGCGGUCGCCUCAGGCAAAGAGGGGGCGCGGCUGCUUCACACCGAGAUCGAGCCCGCGCGCACCAUAUAAACGCCACCGCGCCACGCUUCCUGACCACUCACCGGCCAGCAUCAGCAGCAACAGCGGCGGCGGGGAGGAGGAGGCGAGCCGGCCAUCCGUCGUCGUUGCUGUUCGCCGCGAGAGCCAGCAGCACUCCGCAGCCGGCCGGGCCGCCGUCCGACGACGACGGCAGCAGCAGCAGCAGCAUGUCUUCGGCCCCGCUGCUCGGCGGCGCCAAGGGCGAGGGCGGCGGCGAGCCCGACGCCGCGCGGCCGGCGUCGUCGUGGCUGGGGCGCGUGGUGGACACGGCGGAGGCGAGCGCGCAGCUGCGGUUCGCGGUGCCGAUGGUGCUGACGAGCAUGGCCUUCUACGGCAUCCCGCUGGUGUCGGUGAUGUUCUCCGGUCACCUCGGCGACGUCCAGCUCGCCGGUGCCACGCUCGGCAACUCCUGGGCCACCGUCACCGGCUACGCCUUCGUGACGGGGCUGAGCGGCGCCCUGGAGACGCUGUGCGGGCAGGCGUACGGCGCGCGCCUGUACCGGAUGCUGGGCCUGUACCUGCAGUCGUCGCUCAUCAUGUCGGGCGUCGUCUCCGUGCUCGUCUCGUCGCUGUGGUGGUUCACGGAGCCCCUGCUGCUGCUCCUCCGGCAGGACCCCGAGGUGUCCCGCGCCGCGGCGUCCUUCGUCCGGUGCCAGAUCCCGGGCCUCUUCGCCUUCUCCUUCCUGCAGUGCCUGCUCCGCUACCUGCAGGCGCAGUCCGUGGUGGCGCCCCUCGUGGUGUGCUCCGUGGCCCCCUUCGCGAUCCACGUCGCGCUGGUGCACCUCCUGGUGAACGUGCUCGGGCUGGGCCUCGUGGGGGCCUCCGCCGCCGUGUCCGCCACCUUCUGGGUCUCCUGCCUCAUGCUGCUCGCGUACGUGACGCGCUCCAGGGCGUUCAGCGAGACGUGGAAGGGGUUCUCCGCAGACGCAUUCAAGUACGUGCUCCCCACCGUCAAGCUCGCCACGCCCUCAGCCGUCAUGGUCUGCUUGGAGUACUGGGCGUUCGAGCUCCUGGUCCUGAUCGCCGGCCUGCUCCCAAAUUCCACCGUGAGCACAUCGCUGAUCGCCAUGUGCUCUAGCACGGAGGCGAUCGCGUACAUGAUCACGUUCGGGUUCAGCGCCGCCGUGAGCACGCGGGUGUCGAACGAGAUCGGCGCGGGGAACGUGGAUCGUGCCAAGAACGCGGUGUCGGUGACGCUGAAGCUCUCGGUGUUCCUGGCCCUCUCCUUCGUGCUGCUCCUGGCGUCGGGCCACACCCUGUGGGCGGGGCUCUUCAGCGGGAGCGCCACCAUCGCGUCGGAGUUCGCGGCGAUCACGCCGCUGAUGAUGGUGUCCAUCGUGCUGGACUCGGCGCAGGGGGUGCUGUCGGGGGUGGCCAGGGGAUGCGGCUGGCAGCACCUGGCGGCGGUCACCAACCUGGUGGCGUUCUACUUCGUGGGCAUGCCGCUGGCCCUGCUCUUCGCCUUCAAGCUGGACCUCCGCGCCAGGGGACUCUGGGCCGGGCUCAUCUGCGGCCUCACGUGCCAGGCAUGCGCCCUGCUGGUCAUCACCGUCCGCACCAGGUGGUCCGAGCUCGCCGAUGCCAUGCGGGAGGAGAAGGCCAACUACGUCGCGUAGCAAAACAUGACUACUGCACGCAGCUUACUACUGUAACAGGAGUAACGAAAAUGGACGAGGAGUUGUGCAUCAAAAGCACACGAGCUAUUUUUUUUUUUGUGUCUGGUGGUGAGAACAUGUUGUAUGUAGAAGAGGAGUUGAGAGCAUCGAAAGCACACGCAAAUGGACGAGGCGCCUGUAGCCUGUAGGGGGUUUGCAGGAGGUUUCUGGAGAUGAAAUGAUCAUCAGCAGGUGUAUGUAGAAGGCGAAACAGAAAUCGUUGCGGACCACAUGGCGGUUUGCCUGUGCAAAUCAGCCGCUCUGAACAAGUGAACAGAGCACCGGAAGCGACGACGUGUUUGGUGAUCAGUGAUUGAUGGGAACGCCCAAAAAAUGGUCAUUCGCAGCUACUACAGUACUAUUUAGUGAAGUGUACUUCGUGUUUAA